CUCACUUCUCUCUUCGUCUCGCCAACAUGUCUAUCAUGGAGUAUAACGGGGGCUCUGUCGUGGCUAUGGUUGGGAAGGAUUGUGUUGCGAUUGCGUCUGACUUGCGUCUUGGAAAUCAAGCUCUGGGAAUCUCUUCAAAUUUCCAAAAGAUAUUUCCUAUCACAGAUCGCAUCUAUCUUGGUCUACCGGGCCUCGCUACAGAUGUAACAACACUACGCGAACGAUUUCGAUUUCGAGUCAACAUGUACACGAUAAAAGAAGAACGGGAAAUCGAACCAGAAACCUUUGCCCAUCUUGUGUCCUCGACCCUGUACGAACAUCGUUUCGGCCCAUACUUCGUUGAACCUGUCAUGGCGGGUCUUUCCAAGACACCGUCAGGGGGCGUGAAACCGUUUAUUGCGGCCACUGAUCUUAUUGGUUGUCUAAACUUCGCGAAAGACUUCGUUGUGGCUGGGACUGCAAGUUCCAAGCUUUAUGGCGUUGCCGAGGGCCUGUGGGAGCCAGAUUUAGAAGCAGAAGAUCUUUUUGAAACAAUAUCGCAAACUCUUCUGAAUGCAGUGGACCGUGACGCUUACUCUGGUUGGGGAUGCAUUGUUCAUGUAAUUACGAAGGACAAAGUAGUGACCCGCACGUUGAAAGGGAGAAUGGAUUAAUACCAGGAGUAUGGACUCAUGUACUCUUUACAAGGGCAUGUACUGUACAAUGUCGAGAAUAGGUCGAGAUUGAGUCCAGAAGUACUUGCAUACUUUC